AUUCCCACCCAGAGUGCUGUCACAGGAACGUUACUUUCCCCCAAAGCAGUACGCCAGAGGCCCCACAACCCAUGGGUCCUGCCUGCUCCACGUGUGGCUGAGAUCACCCACAGAGAUGACUCGGAGCUGCGAAGUAACUGUGACCCCGCCAGAUCCAUAUAAUCAGUGGGCCCAGCCACGGAACGGUGAUAAGAAGGGCUCCUCUGUCUUUCUGUUUUGCUCAUGCACAUUUGGCAGAAUGAAAGUUUUCAAACGGCCAAACUGGACUCCAGGUUUAACGUUUACCGGAGCAACUCGCGCACCAGCAAUUGAUGGCCAGCGGAAACAAGUCAGAAAAGAAACGGCGCGCUGUUCCUCCGCCGUGCCUGGCAGCCAGAGCUGGUUCGACGGUGCAGUCCAGGCAGCGCGCGCCGAAGCCGGGCAGCGUCCUGGUCCGGUGGGCCUCACCGAGGCAAGAAGUAUGGAAAAGCGAGACGGUCGCCCCUGGUUUUGCCCUUUAAACUCCAGUAAGCGCAGGGAGCCAGGGCUAACGCGACCCUCGGGCAGGGUUACCGCAUGCUCCGAGGGACCCGAGCGCUUCCCGCCUAGAGGAGGGAUGUGGAAGUCGGCGGCGAGCAGGGUGACAGGCUGCUCGGGCGGGCUGCGGCAGGCUGGCUCGGCGCGGGCGGAUCGGUUGCCUCUCGCCGGCUGCUCGCAGAGGGAGCGGGCGGUUUGCCGCUUUCCCCUCCUUCGCCUUUAA